CAUUUUUUUUUCUUCAGCCUUCUAAAUCUCCAUUGACCUGAUUUAUGGUUCACCAUGCUAUUCGGUUGAGAAAUCAUAUCUGUCCUGGAUCUGCUUCACUCAAUUCUCUAUAAACAAUUUAUUGUCUUCGAAAGAAAACUCGAAUGAUUUGGUUCUUAGAAAUCGUCAUACAGCGGUCAUUUAUAUCCGAUGAUCAACGGUGAAACCGAUUACAGCAUUUAUUAAAUUGGUUUUUAAUUCGAGACAGGUUAUCGAUGCAGACGAUAAUUUUUCAGCCCAUCAUACCGUUACUGUGUAUCUCGGAGUUAUUACAAGUACCUUUCCUUUCACACUUCAUGACACCGAAGAAACUGAGGUAUCGAAAUCUUUAACGGUCGGGUCUUCCAGUUUGACAACGACACGACGACAACCUUCAACAAACCUUCUAGUUCUAAAACUCGGGCUGUUCAUAGUUCUUUUUUGAGCUUAUACUAUACCUGAAUCAUCGAAUAACGCGAACAAGUCACGCGGUGCGCCAUUUGUCAUCUCCACGAGUUUUGAGUGUGAUAACAGUACGAGUAGAAAGUAAACGAUCAUGAUUCGAGUCGUUCUUUUAUAUACCGGUAACUCAAAUGACCGAAAGCCCGACGAACCGCUCCAUUUCCCGCUGUCGAUCCGAUUGUCGAUCGCUACAACUUUCAUACAGAAUGUUGCUUGUGAUUAUAUCCGUUCAGCUAAUGUGAUGUAAAUCCCCCCCCCCCCCCCCCUUCUUAAAUCAGAUAUGUGUGUAUAUUCAUACAAGUUUGAUAAUCAAAUUCCUGAAAACAGCGAUAUCGAGCGAAAUAUUUUCCUAGAAGUAACGUAGACGUACAAGUUUGACCUAGAGUUUGACAGUAAAAGAUGACGAAAUGUCACAAGUAUGGAUAGACGGCAUAAUGGCUCAAUACCUGUAUUUAGCGUCGAAGAGUUUUCAUCGUCCCCGGCUAGCCAUAAAACUUGUAUGCGCUCCUUGGAUCGCGUGGACAACGAAUGAAAGCGAAUGAAUGAAUAUAUGAAGUAAAGUUCAAGUUCAAAGUCGCGUCUGCGAACAAUUACGGUGAUAAAAUUAUUGCGUGUACAGGCGCGAGUACCCAACAAACGCUGCACAUCCACCUUUCGUCGAGCGUACGUGGGGACAAUCUACAAAAAAUUAUUACAAAAUAUCACCACGAACAUAAAGAAACGAGAAAGUUGUCGACGAAAAUUCCGAUGCCACGUAGAUCAAGCGCGGGGAGAGAUGAAAUGGCAAAUGAAUGAAAUCAACAAAAACGAAUGGAUUAUUUAAAAACCUACGGAGUCGUCGAAUUAAGCUUUGACCAUAGCAUAUUCACGCGCAUAAUCCUUGUUCAGUUCACUCAGGGUCGUCGUACGUACACAUCGUAUCCUUGACACGCAUUUCUAAUACACCUUUUACGCAUUCUCAAUCAGAUUAUGUACAAAUAAUAUUUCAACCGGACCCAUUGUUCAUAGGUAGUAUACAUAUGUAUAAAAAAUGUCGUUCCAACUUAAUCGCAUAAUUUUUAAUCGCACAUCCGAAUUAUUGAACGAGAUGAUAUGGUGAUCGGAUCGAUACGCGCGAUAAAACAUAGUAUAUUGUGCCUCACUUCGUAUUUCUCUUGUCCCGUAUAACUAUUGUUCAUAUCCUUCGUUUAUUGAGUACAUUCAUGCAACGCGAUGCGUACGACGCUUUAUAAUUGCGUUUGAAACGAUUCGCGAAUUUUCAAACUUUGAAAUUUACUAUUUCUUCCAAAUUCAGUAAGACUUUGAAAUCAAACUAAAUGUAUAUCCGGCAAUGCGUAUUAGAUUAUAAAUAGAGGGUAAAGUUUUUAAUCAAUAUUCUUAAUACAUGACUCGGUAAAUCGUAUACAGCAAUGACAAAUCUAUCGCGUACUCGUAAUAACUAAUUGUAAGCUUUACAUAAUAUCCGUAUUCGGUGCAGGUGAAUUUUACACAUGUUCAACAAUUAUGAUACUUUUACAGAGAAAGGGUGAUCGGCGUGGACCAAACUGAGAAACACAAAAUAACGGUUCGAAGUGGAGAAAAAGGCGUUCUUAUUCUUCCGGUUCACGCAGAUCGCAUCACUCCUGAUUUGUUACUUCUUUAUUCGUUUUUGAGCUCGUCUCCUCGCUUCCUUACUAGCCAAACAAAAGUAGUGGUGUUUCUUCCUCUUUGAUAAUCUUUUCCACAUUUUACAUGCGUAUUUCAAAAGCUUCGAAUCGGACAGGUCGGGUUUUAGUCUGCUAUGUAUCGCCAGGAAGAGGAGAAACGGAUCAGUUUGGCGAAGCGAGUAACAUUUCACACGCCGCGAUUUGCCGCAGGACACCAUAUUGCUUUUUCCUUCUCGCGUAAUUUACUUUCCACAGGUCGGUUUCUUCCAAGUUUUUCAGAAUUUGCGAAUACACGUCGCUCGUACUAUUUAUUUUUCUAAUUAUUCAUUCAUUUAUUUGAUUAUUCGAGUACUGGUUUUAUUUGUGCGAUAUUUUCAAAUUUUUUAUUUACAGACACGGCCGAUCACUGAGAAUUUCGUUGCUAAUAUGCCGAUCGUAUGAUGAAAAAACACACGAAUAAAUAACAGACGAUUGUUUUUAAAAAUAACAAGUGCACGGUGAUUCCGAUCAUGCGAUCCAGGGAGAUAAUUUUUGCGUGUCGAAGAUACCUAGAUGUACUUUUGCGAACACCGUGGCAUCGUUUUAUCGCAAGCCCAGCGGGCGAUCCUUGACCCCAUAGAAGAACGAUGAAUUUUCCCCUAAUUUCGUGAAAAGUGGUUCGCUGAACUUGUUCCCUUGGCAUGCACGUACGAGUAUUUAUAGGUAUGUGAGAUUUCACGUGUUUCGGAAAUAAUAGUUCCGACGUCCAGCAGUUCGAAGUUAGCCAAAAACUUGGCACUUGCUACAAUCGCGAUUUUUCAAUUUAGAAUUCCGCUUAUCGGUCAUAUGAAAUGCCGAAAUUGGGUGUCGCCAUGUUUUUCACCGUGAAGAGUAGAUCCCUCGUUCAAAAAUCUAAUGGAUCUCCGAUGUGAGUUUCACCGGGACGAAGCCACUUGUGAUCGAGCAUAGCUUUGCCCUUGAGAAUAUCGUCGAUAAUCUACGAAACCAUAAGAAUAUACAUAUAACAAGGUCAUCAUUGGACUUCUCCGCAAUGCUCGCCGGAUCGGAAAUAAUUUCGGAAGGAUAUUGGAGCUCUUCUUUUUCGACCCGGGUAAAAAACCGAUGAGGUUCACUUCCGAUUUCUCUUUUUGGUUUUAGAUUUCUUUUCUUUCCCUCUUGUAUCCUCAUACUAUAUACUUCACACGAUCGUCAAUGGGAAGAAUUCACCAGACCAGUUGUAAGUACGUAUUUAUGUACGUACGUACAUGAAUCACUUUCUCUCUCCCCCGGAAAUUAGUCCAUUAUGUUACUAGCGAGGAAAGUGCAUGAUUUUUGCCGAGAGGGGCAGAUACUAUUUUUUUACCCGUCUAUCUUCAAAAUAACCAUAUUUUUAUCCCUACCACGGUACAAACAGGACAAAUUGUUGGAUCCAACAGGACAAAUACGAUGCAAAUAUAUAUCGCAUACCUGCAGUAGAUAUUUUUCAUAGGUGUAUGUAUUAUUAUGUGCACGCAUAGGUAUGUAUGAGUAUAUUAGGGCGCUCCAAUAACUUCACUCCAACUUGAGCCGUUUCGCUCCCGUCUGCCUUGAAAGUCUUUUUUACUGUAUUUAUACUGACCUUUUUUUCGUUGAUAUGAUAUCGAAUUUUCGAUCAUGAUCCAACAAGGUCGAUAAACCUUUCGUCUGUCGAUGGGAUUUAUCGUCAAAGAUCUGGUUCGAGCCAACGAUAAUUUUUAAAUCACCGCGUGUGUGAUUGAAAAAAACUUUUGUUUACUGUGCCAUAACGAAUGACGAUGCGAAAAAAAAAGUGGGCACAACGGCUUUUCUCUGUUCUGAUUGUAAGUAUGCGUAAACGUAGGUAGGUAUACGUGUGUACGCAUAAAUAGACAAGUACACUUUGUGCUACGCCGCGUAUAUUCAGUGGAUGGAAAGACCUGUUGUCCAUGCUACAGUAGCGUCGCGCGUAAUAAUAAGUCGGCCGAUUCCCAUUCGUGUAAAAAUAUUACCUAAUACCAGGCGUGCAAGUGCGAUCGUGUUUCGCGCGAGAAGUGACGACAUGUUGAAAAAAUUAUCGUCAGAGGGAAAUGAUACCGCUGUGUGACAUGACGGGCUCGAUGAUGGGAUGUAAUCAUGGGUGUAGUAAAAAAAACACCCGAAUACACCGCAACCAUGUAUUUUUCUCUUGUUCUGCGGGACUCCAAAAUAAUAAUAUUGUCCUUGACAGGAGGACCUUUCCUUCUCUGCUGGCUGCUGCCUUCUGUCUGAUUGGAUUUUCAUCGUUGAUAUCCGAUUUUUAAAAUUAAUCGAAACGUCGUUUGGUUCCGGCGUUUGUUUAUUGGCAACGAUCUGUUGAAAGAAAAAAAAAAUAUGGCGAAUAGACGCCAGACAGCGGACCGUAACAUCCCUCAUCUGAGGGACAUAUUCGGUUUUGGUGGUAAAUGGGAAAAUGAAAGAAACGUGUCUUCGGAAUCACAAAAAGCGUCUGGGCAUGACAGCGCGAUAUCGGUCGGCUCGACUUCCGGAGAAGAGGAGAAUCCAAAGAACAGUAAAAAGAAGAAAUCCAGGCGUCGAGAUAACGGUAGAACGCUCACUGAAAGCGACGUUAAACAUUUAGAGAGGCAUUUAUCGAUGAAAAAAACCAUUAGAAAAAAAAUAAUGCGUGACCUUCAACAAGCCUUUGUUGAAGACCCAAACGAAUUUAGAGUGGACGAUAUUCCACCGGAACAAUUGAAAGCAGAGAUCAAUAUACAAAGUCUUAGCUUUGGUACACCCGCGCAAAAACAAGGAAGGAAUCGUGGAAACGCCGAGAAUAACUUCCUGGAUAUGCUGAGAGGCGGCGGAGGAGUUGAAAAAAGUGGAAAUGAUGUCGGUCGGGAUUCUGGACAUAGUGGAUUUCCCACAAGAGAACCGCCGGGACGACACGCCGACGACGAAUGCAGUUACACCUACGACGAGCAUACAUCUGCAAUUCCAAACUCGAAUAAAUCGGGAAAUUUCUGGAGACGGUUCACCAUGAAAAAUCGCAAUAAACGGUAAACUCAACGGAUCACUCUCUCCCCGCGACCCCGAGCAUAAUAUUACGUUGUCUUAGAUAGGUAUUAUCUUGUUGCUAUUAUUAUUAUUAUUAUUAUUAUUGCUAUUACAUAUUAUUAUUGUCGUCAUCGACAUCUAUCAUUUUUAUUACUGAGUACUGUCGAGUAAUUUUGUAUACAAACUAUACGAGUAUACCGAUAUAUUUCUCGUCGCACAGUGACCACACUGUAUACUUUAAACUGUGAUAUGCAGAGCCCGAUCUUAUUCACUCCUAGCAAACUUAGAGCGAAAAAAAAAUCAUAAGAUAAAAACGAAAUUCAUCACUAAAGAUGUUUUAUCUUACGAGCUGCGUUCCUUGAACUAACACCUAAUUAAAAUAUUCCCAGCUAUCGUGACACUUUCGAAUGUUAAUUUUAUGCGAAUAUAAAUGCAAUUCCAACGUUGCAAUUGCAAGUCUAUAAAUUUCGCGUAUUCAUGUUUUUAAACUAGAAUCCAGAGAAAAAAUUAGAACAAUAUCCAAUUACGUUCACGCAACAAGAAGUUUUAUAUUAUAUCGUUGUGGAUGAAAAACACAGAUAGUAAUACGAAUAGCUGGUUAGAUUAAAAAUAAUAUUAUGUAUGCUCUGCAGGAAAAUAUACAUAUGUAUACGAGGAUACAUAUGCGCGAUUGGAGAACAUUAUACAAUAUGUUAUACUAUGUAUGAAGAGUGUAUCUGUGACAUAUGUGUUGUACGAUUAGAAAGAGUAUAAUUUACAUAGUUAUGUCGUUGUUCUUGCCAUCGACGUCAUCAUUUCCGUUGUCAUAAGUUCCCGGUCGUGACGAGCAAUAAAACAGCAGACUGUGUUUUGUAUAAUAACCGUACCUGCCGCGAUAUACCAUAGCACGAUUUUUGUUACUAUACUUAUCACAAUUCACACAUACCUAUUUACAGUUAUAGCACAUAAUACUUUCUCGAGCGUCGUAGUUGAAAAACGAUAGUGGAAACCUUGCAAAGGGAAUUCUUUGGCAAUUUUUAAAGCGGUACAGAUACUACAUAUUAAUGUCUUACAAUUAGAUGAAUCGCAAUUAUUCGAAUAUCGAACUUAUACCAUAUAGUUCAGACGCUAAAGCAUUUGACCUGUGAACAAUUAGGGGGUGCGAUUUUCUUUAUUGACAAUCUCCCCCGGGGGGCGGGGUGGUUGUAAAUCUCAACUUUUGGGAUAAUCCCCCCAUUGCAUUUGUCACCAUCUUCAAAGGGUUUUUUUUUUCUGGUUUUUCGAAUGACGCGCUUGUAUUCAACUUUAGAGUAAAACUAAGCAUUACUUUUACUCUAGGAUCAAUAUUUUCAGACUUCUACGUACUUUGCUAAAAAAAAAUGUACCCCUAAAUUAAGUAUGCAUAAAAAUUGCUUCUAGGCUGAAAAUGGAUAUUACCAAGCUAUUGCCAAAGUUGCAGCAAAUAAAAUUUCCGACCUGAUUGUUCGUUAUCAUUCUUGCAAUAAAUAUGAUAAUAAGCGAGGUAAAAAAAACAACGUUCUUCCACUAUUUGCAGUCUGACAUUUUGAAUAUUGAUCCCAAAGCAAAAAUGAUGAUUAUCAAACUUGUGGGGAAUUCAUUUCCACAGUUUUCCAGUGUAAAAAUUCCUGUAAGCAUCCUUGCCUUUGAAAAUUGAAUUUUGAAGAUCAUGUUUUUUACAUGAGACGGACUAAAGAAAAUAUUCUUAAGGGUGACCACGAUUCGUAUGAUUAUUUUUUUCGUACUGUUUACUGUUCGACGUUCAUUGUCAGCACAUCAAAAUUCGAGGGUAUACCAAUUUUAAGGCCAAAAUAGCUAAAAAAUGAAAACAUUUUACCUUGUAAUGGUGAUGCAACCAGGAUUUUUUUCACUAUUUUACCCGUAUUCGGCGGAACCAGUUAAGUAGAAAAUGACUCGCGAACCUCCCUGCCAAAUUUGUAACAUUGGACUCUACCUUGCGGAUGGGGAGGAUCGACCAGCGGAUAGAUCAGUUACUCCGCGUAAGAAAACAAUUGAAUUUGUUCAUAAAUUGAUCGAUUUGACUGACAUUUUCCCCAUCGUUCAAAGGUUUACGUAUGUACUCAUACGAGGUACUCCAAAAGAUUUAUGACAUGUUUGAAAAAUGAUCGAAAAGGACUUCCAACAUCAGUCAAACAUUCAAACUUCCAACACCAAAGUUUUUUUUUGUUUUUGUUUUCUACGGAUUCCUUACGUACCUCGUUUUGCUCCGCCUUUCCCUAUAUCUGACGCAUUCUGAUUCAAUAUACUAUAAAUGUGUAGAAUUAAUUUCGUGACUAUACAUACAUAUGUAUAUCAUAUGUAUAUCUUCAGCAAUGAACAUAAUAAAUAAUUAUCUCGUAUUACGAACGCGGAGGUGAAAACAAAAGAUAUGAAAAAUAAUCGUGUACUUACAGUUCAACUGCAAAUCCAUGUCAGAUUUAAAAACAAAAUUAGAUUGAAAAGAUAACCCGUGUUUAUUAUCGUGAUACUCGUCUUCGUUUACAUGGUUUCAAUAUAAAAAGGAAACAUAAUUACUUUAUCCAUCGCGAUUUUUAUCCGCAAUAACUGGAACGCUAUAAUUAUCAAAACUGGCUUCUGACAAUGAGUCGUAUUUUCAUUUUAACACCGAAACUCAACCAAUUUGAUCUUUAUUUUUCUCUUCUUCAUUUAGCGUUAUUUAGCAGGAAGAUAAAUAAUCAGUCUGUGCGAUCCUAGAUUAAUUAGAACAUUUAUUAUCACAAACUAUGAUUAAAAUCGUAGACAUCAUACACAAUAUAAUAUAAUAUAGGCUUAAGUGAAUUCCUUGAAAAAUUUUAGUUUGUGCUGGUUUCCUUCAAUUAAUUUAUUUAUUUAUUUUUGUUUCUUGCCGUGAAAAGUAAUGUAGAUGUAUAUUUAUCAGCAUUGCUAGUAAUACUUACGCAUAGAUGCAUAUACAUAUGUAAACCGGUCACCGACGGACAUCGGUGUAUUUAAAUUCUCUAUCCGUGGAUAAAACUCAUUUGCAAUAGUAUAUUGGCACAUUUUUGUUUUUGUGUUAUUCAUUAUCAUUACUAUGAUUGUUAUUCCAAGAACAGAUCAAUUCAGGCACAGACAUUUAUAUUGACAAUCGUCUCAGCUGAUGAUAAUUAUUACAAAAUAUUUAAACCCAUUGUUAUUAUUACUAUUCGUUUUAUAUAUUGAUUUUUUUCUGUUACUUUGCUAUAUUUUAUUUGAUGUGUAUGGUAUGGUUGUUCUAUCUCAGUCGGUCAUAUUAUCAUGCUGGUAUGAAUCAAGAAGAAUUGAAUACGAUUGACGGAUAAAGUAUUCCUCAUUCUGGUUUUCACGGAAAUUAUAAAAUGAUAUCGGUACACAUCGGUGAAAAAGUUAUAAGGCACUUUUACAGUGGUUUUUCCUAACAUAGGUAAAAAUUAUAUUGCGAUACUACUACUAUAUACAAUUAUAAAGAUAUUAUCGAAUA